UUCCCAGGAGUUCUGUGUUCAGAAGGAUUCUGAAGCCCAGGGGGACAAUCUCAAGAUCAGCUUGCCCUGUCUGCCCCGGUGCAGCAUCAGUGUCAGAGCCUGACCUCGGAGGACUGAUUUUGCCUUUUCUCCCUCUGUCUUCAGGGACCCAGCGGGAGCCCGGCCUGGGAGCCAGGAUGGCCACCCACGGAGCCUCGCUGACCUGCCUGGGGCUGCUGCUCUUCCUGUUCCCGGGGGCGCAGGCCCAGAACCGUGCGCCCCCUGGCUGCAGCCCCGACCUCAACCCCCUCUACUAUAACCUGUGUGACCGAUCUGGGGCCUGGGGCAUCAUCUUGGAGGCAGUGGCUGGGGCCGGUGUGGUCACCACUUUUGUCCUCACCAUCAUCCUCGUGGCCAGCCUCCCCUUUGUGCAGGACACCAAGAAGCGGAGCCUUUUGGGGACCCAGGUGUUCUUCCUGCUGGGGACCCUGGGCCUCUUCUGCCUCGUGUUUGCCUGCGUGGUGAAGCCGGACUUCGCCACCUGCGCCUCUCGGCGGUUCCUCUUUGGGGUCCUGUUCGCCGUGUGCUUCUCCUGCCUGGUGGCCCACGUCUUCGCCCUCAACGCCCUGGCCCGGAAGAACCGCGCGCCCCCGGGCUGGGCCGUGUUCGCCGCCGCCCUGCUGCUCACGCUGGUGGAGGUGAUCAUCAACACCGAGUGGCUCAUCCUCACGCUGCUGCGGGGCGCGGGCGAGGACGGGCCCCCGGCCAACGGCAGCGCCCCGGGCCCGGCGCCCUCCCCGUGCCACAUCGCCAACGCCGACUUCGUCAUGGCCCUCAUCUACGUCAUGCUGCUGCUGCUGGGCGCCUUCGCGGGCGCCUGGCCCGCCCUGUGCGGCCGCUUCCGGCGCUGGCGGAAGCACGGCGUGUUCGUGCUGCUCACCACGGCCACGUCCAUCGCCGUCUGGGUGGUGUGGAUUGUCAUGUACACCUACGGCAACCGGCAGCGCAGCAGGCCCGCCUGGGACGACCCCACGCUGGCCAUCGCCCUCGCCGCCAACGCCUGGGCCUUUGUGCUCUUUUAUGUCAUCCCUGAGGUGUCCCAGGUGACCAAGGCCAGCCCGGAGCAGAGCUACCAGGGGGACCUGUACCCCACCCGGGGCGUGGGGUACGAGACCAUCCUGAAAGAGCAGAAGGGCCAGAGCAUGUUUGUGGAAAACAAGGCGUUUUCCAUGGAUGAGCCGGCCGCAGCCAAGAGACCAGUGUCACCAUACAGUGGGUACAACGGGCAGCUGCUGACCAGUGUGUACCAGCCCACCGAGAUGGCCCUGAUGCACAAAGGCCCGCCCGAGGGACCUUAUGAUGUCAUCCUGCCACGGGCCACUGCCAACAGCCAUGUGAUGGGCAGUGCCAACUCAACCCUGCGGGCUGAAGACAUGUAUGCGGUACAGAGCCACCAGGCAGCCACACAGCCAAAAGAUGACAAGAACUCUCAGGCUCAGUCCCUGCAAAAUAAAACGCGAUGGUAGACGCCCUGCUCCCCGGACUGCACGUCGCCCUGAUGUCAUUCCUCUGUGUCUUGGCUGGGGCAGGGCCCAGCACUUUCCCACCUUUGUCAUUGGAGCUGGGAGGGCCCAGAGGCCAUCAAUGUGGAGCAAUGGAUCAAGUGGGGGGGCCCUGUGAAACCCCGAGGCUCAUGGCUGGGGCUCUCGUCUACCCCCUACCUGCCCUGCCCAGCCUCUCCUUGUACCCAAGUGACUGAGGCCACAGGAGCUGUCUGCAGACCAGUCUGCCUCCAUCCCCCUCGCAACACCCUCCCCCCACGUCACAGCCCCUGUGUCCUCUUACCAUGGCUCUCCAAGCGGCCACCCUCAGAUGCCCCUGUCUUCACUCUGUGGGCCUCCCUGACCAUCCUUUGGGUGUCCAGCUCAGCUUGCCUCACCCUGCGCCCAGGUGAAUCAAGGUGAAGCUCUGUGAGUCUUUGGAGUCAUGCCAUGGCAGAGGUUGGCCCUUGCCCUUCUCAUCUGGACAUUUGCCACCACCUGAAUGGACCAUGGAAGGCCACAAGCUGGGGCAGGGCUCAUUCAAGGCCUGGACCAACACUGCGCCUCUUCAUGGCCUGAGGGCCCUGGCCCUGAGCCUCUGUGGUGCCACACUCUGUGCCCCUCUGCACGUGACCCCACCUUUGAUGAACUGGGCCCCACUGAGCACAAGAUGGGGAUUGGGGCUGCAUUCUCAGGGACCAGACGACCGUCCUGGACCACGUGGACUGGGGUCCAGGCCUCUUCUGGGACAGACCUGUGGGACCUGGGGAGGCCCCUUAGAUAAAUGCAUUUGGGACUGAA